AUGGCUUUGCAAAAUAUUGGUGCUGGCAACAAAGAUGAUGCCUUCUACAGGUACAAGAUGCCCAAGAUGAUAACCAAGAUCGAGGGCCGUGGCAACGGAAUCAAGACCAACGUGGUCAACAUGGUUGACAUCGCCAAGGCCCUCGGUAGGCCUGCUUCUUACACGACUAAGUACUUUGGCUGCGAGCUUGGGGCCCAGUCCAAGUUUGAUGAGAAGACUGGCACUUCCCAUGUCAAUGGUGCCCACGAUACAUCCAAGCUGGCGGCCCUCCUCGAAAACUUCAUCAAGAAAUUUGUUCAGUGCUACGGGUGUGGGAACCCGGAGACUGAGAUCAUCAUCACAAAGUCUCAAAUGAUCAACCUUAAGUGUGCGGCCUGCGGCUUCAUCUCGGAGGUUGAUAUGCGGGACAAGCUGACAACCUUCAUUAUCAAAAACCCGCCCGAGUCGAAGAAAGGGUCCAAGGACAAGAAGGCAAUGAGGAGAGCCGAGAAGGAGCGUCUCAAGGAGGGUGAGGCUGCUGAUGAGGAGCAGAAGAAGCUGAAGAAGGAGGCUGCGGGGAAGAAGAAGGGAGGCUCAAAGGAGAAAGUGGUGGGCAAGAAGAAGUCCCCUCACUCGGAUGAGGACCGAUCUCCACCUCGUAGCCAGGUGGAUGAGCAAGAUGUGGCACCAGCUGGCGGUGAUGAGGACAGCGAUGAUGGUGAGUGGCAAACGGACACCUCGGAGGUAGCUGUGAAGAAGGUUCUGCAGGAGCAGCUGAAUGCCGUGACAGCUGGGAUGGUCAUGCUCUCGACUGAUGAGGAAAAGAAGCCGAAGUCCAGCAACCCAAAGGCCAAUGGGCAAGCAAAUGGUGUUAAAGCCAAAGCCAAUGGAGAUACUCGCGACUUGAUUAAGGAGUUUGUGAAGAAGGGCUCUCUUGCUAGUCAGCUGAAGCCCUUUUUGGAGUCUCUUUCUGGGGACAAGCAGGAGAUUGUUGAUGCGGUGUUUGAGGCCCUCUUUGAGGGAGUUGGUAAAGGCUUCUCUAAGGAGGCUGUGAAGAAGAAGAAAUAUCUAGCGGCUUUAGCUCAAGAAGAGGGUUCACAACCCAUGUUGCUCCACGCUAUUGAGAGUUUUUGUGGGAAGGCUAGCCCAGAGGCUGUGAAGGAAGUGGCUCUGGUCCUGAAGGCUUUGUACGAUGAUGAUGUGCUUGAAGAGGAGUUUAUAGUGGGGUGGUAUGAGAAAGGGCUGAAGGGCGGGAAUAAAGGGUCACCUAUCUGGAAGAAUGUGAAGCCGUUUGUGGAGUGGCUGCAAAGUGCGGAGUCCGAGUCUGAGGAGGAGUAA